GCAGACGGAGUUAGCAGGGAGGGGCCACACUGAACACGCUUUCAAUACAUGAGGAUCUCUAAUAAAGCGACCAGAGCGAGCUCACGUUGGCAUUACCACCAAUGUAGCUACUGACUAUUGCAAUAACAUUCAGCUACACGACCCCGCAGAAAAUUCGUAAGAUCGCAUAAAAUCCAAAGGGACAGAGGUACUGCUUCAGCGCCGUGCCAGUUCAAUCGCUUUGUUUUUCGCGUCCUUUAUGUCGUGGCAUUGAGCGAAUAUUUAACAGUCUUACUGCAAGAAAACGACUGCUUUGCAGCAGAGGUGAUCGCUGCAAUUUGAACGACCGUUUUUGGUUUUCCACAUGCCGUAGCCUUUUUUUUUUUAAUUUAUUUUUGACGGCAUUUCCAGAGGCAGUUGCUGAGGGGGUAAACAAGUGCAAAGCCGUCCUCGAGAAGCGCUGUGUGGAGCAGGUUUUUUUUCCGCCAGUGCUCCCAUUUAUGUGAAAACGUCGUAGCUGCAGAAUAGCGCUGCGUUUAUUUAUUACUAUUAUCGACUACUGAUGUAAAGGAUCCGCGAGCGUUUAAAAUAUUGUCUAGGAAGAAGAAAAACAGAAACACGUUAUUCUGUAUUCAUUGCAUUAUUAUUAGAACAGCCGUAACCGAAAAUUCAUUUUUCAUCGUGUAUCAAAAAUGCCGGCAGGAAUGAAGCCACUGGAAAAGUUUUUGAAGAAACAGACAAACGCGCUUACUCGUGCCGGCGGCUUCGGGGAAAAGGCGAGCGGCACGGGGGCGACCAGGCGGCGGCCGAGCCUCUCGCGGGUCGUGCCGUUUUUCAGGGAGACCUCCCCGGACGGCGGGCCGGCUCGGGAGGUGUUUAGCCCGGAAACUGAGGAGCCGCCGUGCUGGCUCCCGGCCGCGGUGGACAUCAGGAGUCCGUCUCUGUCCAGUGAUGAGCAGAGCUCCGAGGCCAGCCUGGAGACGGCGUGGACCCCACUACCCGCGGACACCCCGGAAAACAUCGCCCUGGCGGUCCUGGACAGUGUGGCCGGAUGCAGGCGGCAAGGCAACUGCUCAGCAGAGAUACUCCUGGAUGACUUCAUGCUGACACACCCCAUCUUCCUGGCCCCUGACAGGUUCCAGCAGGUCCUCCUUCAGCAAUUUGGGGUGGAGGGGAAGCAGGGGGAGGGCUGGCCUGGCUGGGAUGGGGUGGAGAGAAAGCAAGCUGUCUUGAGUGUGGCAUUCCGCUACCUGGACACCUAUCGAGACCUACUGCAAGAAGAGGGAGAGAAAUCGAACACCUUCCCCAAGGAGCUGUAUUUAUGCGCUGCUCAGGAGUUGAGCAGAUAUCCAGAGCUGGUAGAGGAUGUUCUUAAACUGCAGCGGUGGACUGAAAUUCUACAGAGUCAAACGGAGGAAGACAAGGACAGCAAAAAGAAGCAGGUACGACCGCUGUUUCGACACUUCCGCCGCAUUGAUGCUUGCCUGCAGCCACGAGAGGCCUUUCGGGGUUCUGACGAAAUUUUCUGUAGGGUGUACAUGCCAGACCACUCCUACGUGACCAUCCGAAGCCGGCUGUCGUGCCGCGUGGGCGAGAUCCUCGCCCUUGUGCAGGAGAAGCUGCAGUACAGCGAGGACCAACCCAGUCGCCCAGGAACCUUGAUACUUGUGGCGGUAACAUCCUCUGGAGAAAAAGCUGUGUUCCGUCCAAGCGAUGAGGCUGUCUUCACCACUUUAGGUGUCAAUACCCACCUGUUUGCCUGUGAGCCACAAGAACUGGAAACCCUGCUGCCAUUGCCAGAGGAAAUUCACUGGACUCCCGGAGACAGCAAGCUGCAUGACAUGAGUGCAGAGGAAGUGGCCAAUCAGCUGGUUGCAUUUGACUGGGAGCUCUUCAGCUGCGUGCAUGAGGUGGAGUUUGUGUGCUAUGUUUUCCAUGGUGAGCAAGCUCGCUGGCGCCCCCUUAACUUGGAGCUAGUACUGCAGCGCUGCAGUGAAGUGCAGCACUGGAUCGCCACUGAAAUCCUUCAGUGUCAGUCUCUUCCUAAGAGGGUGCAGCUGUUGCGGAAGUUUAUCAAGAUGGCAGCAUUGUGCAAGCAGCAGCAGAAUCUAUUGUCUUUCCUUGCCAUAGUUCUUGGGCUGGACAAUCCAGCUGUCAGUCGGCUUCGCCUGACUUGGGAGGGGCUGCCUGGAAAGUUCAAGAAGCAGUUCCAACAGUUUGAGAGCAUUGCAGAUCCAUCUAGAAAUCACAAAUCGUACCGGGAGUUAGUGACAAGUCUUCGCCCACCGCUAAUCCCUUUUACGCCAUUGCUGCUGAAAGAUCUGACCUUUCUUCAUGAGAGCUGCAAGACCUUCCAUGGCGAACUGGUCAAUUUUGAGAAGAUGCACAAAGUGGCUGAGAUGGUACGAGGUAUCAGAAGGUAUCGGACCGGCCAGCUGGUUGUCGAUAUGGAACCAUCCCCCUCCCAUCUUCAGACCAAGGCUUACGUGCGUCAGUUGCAAGUAAUUGACAAUCAAAACCUGCUGUUUGACAUGUCCUGUAAGCUGGAACCUAAAGAGUGUUAAAUGCACUACCCGAUGCACACUGGGAUUUCGCAUAUAUUUUAACACAAUGCUAUAUAGUUGUCUAUUGUAUGGGACCCAUUUUGUUUGCUUUUUUCCUGAAGCUAUAUGUGUUUAGAUGUAUAAAAAUCUUAUUAUCAUGAAUUGCAGAAGGUUUUUUUGGAAGAGAAAGAGGAAUGUAUGUGUAUUUGAUUGGGAAGUGUACAGUUAUAUUAAUAAUUUUCUCCAUAUUCAUGUUAGGAGACCUGCUUUAUUUUUAAUGUUACAUAACUGAAAAGAAUUAGAAAUCUGGAAAAUACCGCUAAUGUUAUAUAAUGUCUGACAAUUGACUCCACUUUGACUACUUGGAUUUGGUAACUAAAAUCUUCUAGGCACUCUGUCGUCUGAAUUGCUCAGUAUUGGUAGAGGCACUGCCUCGGAAGAAGGACAAUCAUUUUCAUAUGGGCACUUACCAUCACUGGUUACAUACUAUCAUGAGUGGGGACCCGAAAAGUGGAAGUAUUUUUGUCGGUGGUGAAAUGCACUUAACACUUCCUGCACUGGGACCUUGUGGAGGGUUGCACGUGCUGCCUGUAUCAUAAAUCUGUAUAUAAUUGUAAAUAGUUAAUAGACAGGAAACUCUAUUUUAUGUAUGAGCCAAGAGAUGGUCCUAUAAAAGAGAAUUUGUUUUGUAAAUUUGAUAACAGUGUACAGUUAAAGCUGUGUACAAAAUGAAGGCUGCUGAGGUUGAGGAAUUGUAUAGAUUCUUUAAUUUUUUUUGUUGUUUUUGAAGAAUUUGUUCUUGUUUUUGUAAAGAAGUCAAUCUUCAUUCUUGAUAAAUUGUUGUAUUAAGCCUGGCCUCCAAUAGAAAUGCAGCUAGCAGGCUGUCUGCAUGAAAGAGCUUUGAAUUCUGGCUGUGGACAUUAUGCCCUAAAUAAAGCCUGUUCUGAUGAA